AUGGUAUUGAGAGGAAAUAACGUGGAGAGUUGUGGAUGGCAGAGAUCGUAUGGAGUUACGGGUAUUGAUGGUGAUGGUGAUGGUGAUGGUGAUGGAAGGGUCCACGUUUCAAUCCAAGCUGGAGCUGAAGCUUUAAAGGACGUACUCCACGCUCCCACCAUCCCAGGCCUCACCUCGACCGAUACCACCGACCCAAAAGAAAGGAGAGAAGCAGUCUGGAUGGCGCUCCCUAAAAUCAAUACCUAUCACUGCCUCUGCACCACCCUCCUUCUCGCAACAACCCACACGCUCUCCCACCUCCCGCGCCGCUCCUCCCCCCAAUCCCCAUCCACCACAUCCGCCUCCUCCGACACAGCCUUGAUCCUCCCCCUCCCUCCCCUCCCCUCCUCCUCUUCACCCAAUCCCAAUCCCAAUCCCACAGACGACAACCCCCUCCCGCCCCAAGGCCACAGCAUCCUCCUCGCCCUCUCCCCGGACCGAAAACUCACCAUCGUCCGCCGAGAGGACGGCUUCGAGAAGCGGCUCCUCUACCGCUGCGCCCGCUGCCGGCUGGUCGUUGGCUACGAGGUCGUGCACAACCAGCACCAAAAGGUCGCCGCCAACCAGAACACCACCACCAACAGCAAGAAACCCAUCAAUAGUCAUCCCCCACACCCAGAUCACACCCCCAUGGACAUCGACACGGAGAGCACGAGCACGAGCACGGGGGAUCCCACCAAGACCAACACCAACACCACCGCAACCGCAACCGGGAACGAUCAGAAAGGAAAGCAGAGGCAGGAGGAUGAUGAUAUAGAUGCGGAUGCGGAUGCGGAUGUAGAUGCGGAUGCAGAUAUAGAUGCGCACGCGCCACCAUAUCAAGGCAAGAUCCUCUAUCUCCUACCCGCCGGGCUAAUGAGUACGGAGGUCAUGGUGAGCGAUGCGGGUGCGGGCAUGAGGGCGAGGGUAGGCGGAGGUGGAGGAGGCGGGGAGGAUCUGGGUAUAGGUGGUGUCGGUGGUGUCGGAAGGGGCGCUGUGGCUGCUUUUGAGUAG